AUGCAGCCCUCCUCUCCCACCUCGCUUCCUCCACUCCCUUCGCUUCUCCCUCUAAGAGGGGCGCCUCUCCUAGGCGCCUAUGGGGCGCCUAAGGGGGCCUCUUCUCUAUGGGGCACUAAGAGGCGCCUCUCUGCUCCUCUGUGGUGUGACUCGGGCGCCACUCCUCUGUGGUGUGAGGCGAGCGCCACUCCUCUGUGGUGUGAGGCGGGCGCCACUCCUCUGUGGUGUGAGGCGGGCGCCACUCCUCUGUGGUGUGAGUCGGGCGCCACUCCUCUGUGGUGUGAGUCGGGCGCCACUCCUCUGUGGUGUGACUCGGGCGCCACUCCUCUGUGGUGUGAGGCGGGCGCCACUCCUCUGUGGUGUGAGGCGGGCGCCACUCCUCUGUGGUGUGACUCGGGCGCCACUCCUCUGUGGUGCGAGUCGGGCGCCACUCCUCUGUGGUGCGACUCGGGCGCCACUCCUCUGUGGUGUGAGGCGGGCGCCAUUGCUCUGUGGUGUGAGGCGGGCGCCACUCCUCUGUGGUGUGAGGCGGGCGCCACUCCUCUGUGGUGUGAGGCGGGCGCCACUCCUCUGUGGUGCGAGUCGGGCGCCACUCCUCUGUGGUGUGAGGCGGGCGCCAAUCCUCUGCGGUGUGACUCGGGCGCCAGUCCUCUGCGGUGUGAGGCGGGCGCCACUCCUCUGCGGUGUGACUCGGGCGUCACUCCUCUGCGGUGUGACUCGGACGUCACUCCUCUGUGGUGUGACUCGGGCGCCACUCCUCUGUGGUGUGACUCGGGCGCCACUCCUCUGUGGUGUGACUCGGGCGCCACUCCUCUGUGGUGUGACUUGGACGCCACUCCUCUGUGGUGUGACUCGGGCGCCACUCCUCUGUGGUGUGACUCGGGCGCCACUCCUCUGUGGUGUGAGUCGGGCGCCACUCCUCUGUGGUGUGAGGCGAGCAACACUCCUCUGUGGUGUGAGGCGGGCGCCACUCCUCUGUGGUGUGACUCGGGCGCCACUCCUCUGUGGUGUGAGUCGGGCGCCACUCCUCUGUGGUGUGAGUCGGGCGCCACUCCUCUGUGGUGUGACUCGGGCGCCACUCCUCUGUGGUGUGAGGCGGGCGCCACUCCUCUGUGGUGUGAGGCGGGCGCCACUCCUCUGUGUUGUGACUGGUGCGCCACUCCUCUGUGGUGCGAGUCGGGCGCCACUCCUCUGUGGUGCGACUCGGGCGCCACUCCUCUGUGGUGUGAGGCGGGCGCCAUUGCUCUGUGGUGUGAGGCGGGCGCCACUCCUCUGUGGUGUGAGGCGGGCGCCACUCCUCUGUGGUGUGAGGCGGGCGCCACUCCUCUGUGGUGCGAGUCGGGCGCCACUCCUCUGUGGUGCGACUCGGGCGCCGCUCCUCUGUGGUGUGAGGCGGGCGCCAUUGCUCCGUGGUGUGACUCGGGCGCCACUCCUCUGCGGUGUGAGGCGGGCGCCACUCCUCUGCGGUGUGACUCGGGCGUCACUCCUCUGCGGUGUGACUCCGGCGUCACUCCUCUGUGGUGUGACUCGGGCGCCACUCCUCUGUGGUGUGACUCGGGCGCCACUCCUCUGUGGUGUGACUCGGGCGCCACUCCUCUGUGGUGUGACUCGGACGCCACUCCUCUGUGGUGUGACUCGGGCGCCACUCCUCUGUGGUGUGACUCGGGCGCCACUCCUCUGUGGUGUGAGUCGGGCGCCACUCCUUUGUGGUGUGAGGCGAGCGCCACUCCUCUGUGGUGUGAGGCGGGCGCCACUCCUCUGUGGUGUGACGCGGGCGCCACUCCUCUGUGGUGUGAGUCGGGCGCCACUCCUCUGUGGUGUGAGUCGGGCGCCACUCCUCUGUGGUGUGACUCGGGCGCCACUCCUCUGUGGUGUGAGGCGGGCGCCACUCCUCUGUGGUGUGAGGCGGGCGCCACUCCUCUGUGGUGUGACUCGGGCGCCACUCCUCUGUGGUGCGAGUCGGGCGCCACUCCUCUGUGGUGCGACUCGGGCGCCACUCCUCUGUGGUGUGAGGCGGGCGCCAUUGCUCUGUGGUGUGAGGCGGGCGCCACUCCUCUGUGGUGUGAGGCGGGCGCCACUCCUCUGUGGUGUGAGGCGGGCGCCACUCCUCUGUGGUGCGAGUCGGGCGCCACUCCUCUGUGGUGCGACUCGGGCGCCACUCCUCUGUGGUGUGAGGCGGGCGCCAUUGCUCUGUGGUGUGACUCGGGCGCCACUCCUCUGCGGUGUGAGGCGGGCGCCACUCCUCUGCGGUGUGACUCGGGCGUCACUCCUCUGCUGUGUGACUCGGGCGUCACUCCUCUGUGGUGUGACUCGGGCGCCACUCCUCUGUGGUGUGACUCGGGCGCCACUCCUCUGUGGUGUGACUCGGGCGCCACUCCUCAGUGGUGUGACUCGGGCGCCACUCCUCUGUGGUGUGACUCGGGCGCCACUCCUCUGUGGUGUGACUCGGGCACCACUCCUCUGUGGUGUGACUCGGGCGCCACUCCUCUGUGGUGUGACUCGGGCGCCACUCCUCUGUGGUGUGAGGCGGGCGCCAUUCCUCUGUGGCGGGCGCCACUCCUCUGUGGUUCGGGCGCCACUCCUCUGUGGUGCGACUCGGGCGCCGCUCCUCUGUGGUGUGAGGCGGGCGCCAUUGCUCUGUGGUGUGACUCGGGCGCCACUCCUCUGCGGUGUGAGGCGGGCGCCACUCCUCUGCGGUGUGACUCGGGCGUCACUCCUCUGCGGUGUGACUCCGGCGUCACUCCUCUGUGGUGUGACUCGGGCGCCACUCCUCUGUGGUGUGAGUCGGGCGCCACUCCUCUGUGGUGUGACUCGGGCGCCACUCCUCUGCGGUGUGACUCGGGCGCCACUCCUCUGUGGUGUGAGUCGGGCGCCACUCCUCUGUGGUGUGACUCGGGCGCCACUCCUCUGCGGUGUGAGUCGGGCGCCACUCCUCUGUGGUGUGACUCGGGCGCCACUCCUCUGUGGUGUGAGUCGGGCGCCACUCCUCUGUGGUGUGAGGCAGGCGCCACUCCUCUGUGGUGUGAGGCGGGCGCCACUCCUCUGCGGUGUUACUCGGGCGCCACUCCUCUGUGGUGUGACUCGGGCGCCACUCCUCAGUGGUGUGACUCGGGCGCCACUCCUCUGUGGUGUGAGUCGGGCGCCACUCCUCUGUGGUGUGAGGCGGGCGCCACUCCUCUGUGGUGUGAGGCGGGCGCCACUCCUCUGUGGUGUAAGGCGGGCGCCACUCCUCUGUGGUGUGAGGCGGGCGCCACUCCUCUGUGGCGCCACUCCUCUGUGGCGGGCGCCACUCCUCUGUGGUGUGAGUCGGGCGCCACUCCUCUGUGGUGUGACUCGGGCGCCACUCCUCUGUGGUGUGAGGCGGGCGCCACUCCUCUGUGGUGUAAGGCGGGCGCCACUCCUCUGUGGUGUGAGGCGGGCGCCACUCCUCUGUGGUGUGAGUCGGGCACCACUCCUCUGUGGUGUGAGUCGGGCGCCACUCCUCUUUGGUGUGAGUCGGGCGCCACUCCUCUGCGGUGUGACUCGGGCGCCACUCCUCUGUGGUGUGACUCGGGCGCCACUCCUCUGUGGUGUGACUCGGGCGCCACUCCUCUGUGGUGUGACUCGGGCGCCACUCCUCUGUGGUGUGAGUCGGGCGCCACUCCUCUGUGGUGUGAGUCGGGCGCCACUCCUCUGUGGUGUGAGGCGGGCGCCACUCCUCUGUGGUGUGACUCGGGCGCCACUCCUCUGUGGUGUGACUCGGGCGCCACUCCUCUACGGUUUUACUCGGGCGCCACUCCUCUGCGGUGUGACUCGGGCGCCACUCCUCUGUGGUGUGACUCGGGCACCACUCCUCUGUGGUGUGACUCGGGCGCCACUCCUCUGUGUCGGGCGCCACUCCUCUGUGGUGCGGGCGCCACUCCUCUGUGGUGUGAGUCGGGCGCCACUCCUCUGUGGUGUGAGUCGGGCGCCACUCCUCUGUGGUGUGACUCGGGCGCCACUCCUCUGUGGUGUGAGGCGGGCGCCACUCCUCUGUGGUGUAAGGCGGGCGCCACUCCUCUGUGGUGUGAGGCGGGCGCCACUCCUCUGUGGUGUGAGUCGGGCGCCACUCCUCUGUGGUGUGACUCGGGCGCCACUCCUCUGUGGUGUGACUCAGGCGCCACUCCUCUGUGGUGUGAGGCGGGCGCCACUCCUCUGCGGUGUUACUCGGGCGCCACUCCUGUGCGGUGUGAGUCGGGCGCCACUCCUCUGUGGUGUGACUCGGGCGCCACUCCUCUGUGGUGUGAGUCGGGCGCCACUCCUCAGUGGUGUGACUCGGGCGCCACUCCUCUGUGGUGUGAGGCGGGCGCCACUCCUCUGUGGUGUGACUCGGGCGCCACUCCUCUGUGGUGUGAGGCAGGCGCCACUCCUCUGCGGUGUGAGUCGGGCGCCACUUCUCUGUGGUGUGAGUCGGGCGCCACUCCUCUGUGGUGUGACUCGGGCGCCACUCCUCUGCGGUGUGACUCGGGCGCCACUCCUCUGUGGUGUGACUCGGGCGCCACUCCUCUGUGGUGUGACUCGGGCACCACUCCUCUGUGGUGUGACUCGGGCGCCACUCCUCUGUGGUGUGACUCGGGCGCCACUCCUCUGUGGUGUGACUCGGGCGCCACUCCUCUGUGGUGUGACUCGGGCGCCACUCCUCUGUGGUGUGACUCGGGCGCCACUCCUCUGUGGUGUGACUCGGGCGCCACUCCUCUGUGGUGUGACUCGGGCGCCACUCCUCUGUGGUGUGACUCGGGCGCCACUCCUCUGUGGUGUGAGUCGGGCGCCACUCCUCUGUGGUGUGAGGCGGGCGCCACUCCUCUGUGGUGUGAGGCGGGCGCCACUCCUCUGUGGUGUGAGGCGGGCGCCACUCCUCUGCGGUGUUACUCGGGCGCCACUCCUCUGUGGUGUGACUCGGGCGCCACUCCUCUGUGGUGUGACUCGGGCGCCACUCCUCUGUGGUGUUACUCGGGCGCCACUCCUCUGCGGUGUGACUCGGGCGCCACUCCUCUGUGGUGUGACUCGGGCGCCACUCCUCUGUGGUGUGAGGCGGGCGCCACUCCUCUGCGGUGUGACUCGGGCGCCACUCCUCUGCGGUGUGAGUCGGGCGCCACUCCUCUGCGGUGUGAGGCGGGCGCCACUCCUCUGCGGUGUGAGGCGGGCGCCACUCCUCUGUGGUGUGAGGCGGGCGCCACUCCUCUGUGGUGUGACUCGGGCGCCACUCCUCUGUGGUGUGACUCGGGCGCCACUCCUCUGUGGUGUGACUCUGGCGCCACUCCUCUGCGGUGUGACUCGGGCGCCACUCCUCUGCGGUGUGAGGCGGGCGCCACUCCUCUGCGGUGUGACUCGGGCGCCACUCCUCUGUGGUGUGACUCGGGCGCCACUCCUCUGCGGUGUGACUCGGGCGCCACUCCUUUGUGGUGUGACUCGGGCGCCACUCCUCUGCGGUGUGAGGCGGGCGCCACUCCUCUGUGGUGUGACUCGGGCGCCACUCCUCUGUGGUGUGAGUCGGGCGCCACUCCUCUGUGGUGUGACUCGGGCGCCACUCCUCUGCGGUGUGACUCGGGCGCCACUCCUCUGUGGUGUGAGUCGGGCGCCACUCCUCUGUGGUGUGACUCGGGCGCCACUCCUCUGCGGUGUGAGUCGGGCGCCACUCCUCUGUGGUGUGACUCGGGCGCCACUCCUCUGUGGUGUGAGUCGGGCGCCACUCCUCUGUGGUGUGAGGCAGGCGCCACUCCUCUGUGGUGUGAGGCGGGCGCCACUCCUCUGCGGUGUUACUCGGGCGCCACUCCUCUGUGGUGUGACUCGGGCGCCACUCCUCAGUGGUGUGACUCGGGCGCCACUCCUCUGUGGUGUGAGUCGGGCGCCACUCCUCUGUGGUGUGAGGCGGGCGCCACUCCUCUGUGGUGUGAGGCGGGCGCCACUCCUCUGUGGUGUAAGGCGGGCGCCACUCCUCUGUGGUGUGAGGCGGGCGCCACUCCUCUGUGGCGCCACUCCUCUGUGGCGGGCGCCACUCCUCUGUGGUGUGAGUCGGGCGCCACUCCUCUGUGGUGUGACUCGGGCGCCACUCCUCUGUGGUGUGAGGCGGGCGCCACUCCUCUGUGGUGUAAGGCGGGCGCCACUCCUCUGUGGUGUGAGGCGGGCGCCACUCCUCUGUGGUGUGAGUCGGGCACCACUCCUCUGUGGUGUGAGUCGGGCGCCACUCCUCUUUGGUGUGAGUCGGGCGCCACUCCUCUGCGGUGUGACUCGGGCGCCACUCCUCUGUGGUGUGACUCGGGCGCCACUCCUCUGUGGUGUGACUCGGGCGCCACUCCUCUGUGGUGUGACUCGGGCGCCACUCCUCUGUGGUGUGAGUCGGGCGCCACUCCUCUGUGGUGUGAGUCGGGCGCCACUCCUCUGUGGUGUGAGGCGGGCGCCACUCCUCUGUGGUGUGACUCGGGCGCCACUCCUCUGUGGUGUGACUCGGGCGCCACUCCUCUACGGUUUUACUCGGGCGCCACUCCUCUGCGGUGUGACUCGGGCGCCACUCCUCUGUGGUGUGACUCGGGCACCACUCCUCUGUGGUGUGACUCGGGCGCCACUCCUCUGUGUCGGGCGCCACUCCUCUGUGGUGCGGGCGCCACUCCUCUGUGGUGUGAGUCGGGCGCCACUCCUCUGUGGUGUGAGUCGGGCGCCACUCCUCUGUGGUGUGACUCGGGCGCCACUCCUCUGUGGUGUGAGGCGGGCGCCACUCCUCUGUGGUGUAAGGCGGGCGCCACUCCUCUGUGGUGUGAGGCGGGCGCCACUCCUCUGUGGUGUGAGUCGGGCGCCACUCCUCUGUGGUGUGACUCGGGCGCCACUCCUCUGUGGUGUGACUCAGGCGCCACUCCUCUGUGGUGUGAGGCGGGCGCCACUCCUCUGCGGUGUUACUCGGGCGCCACUCCUGUGCGGUGUGAGUCGGGCGCCACUCCUCUGUGGUGUGACUCGGGCGCCACUCCUCUGUGGUGUGAGUCGGGCGCCACUCCUCAGUGGUGUGACUCGGGCGCCACUCCUCUGUGGUGUGAGGCGGGCGCCACUCCUCUGUGGUGUGACUCGGGCGCCACUCCUCUGUGGUGUGAGGCAGGCGCCACUCCUCUGCGGUGUGAGUCGGGCGCCACUUCUCUGUGGUGUGAGUCGGGCGCCACUCCUCUGUGGUGUGACUCGGGCGCCACUCCUCUGCGGUGUGACUCGGGCGCCACUCCUCUGUGGUGUGACUCGGGCGCCACUCCUCUGUGGUGUGACUCGGGCACCACUCCUCUGUGGUGUGACUCGGGCGCCACUCCUCUGUGGUGUGACUCGGGCGCCACUCCUCUGUGGUGUGACUCGGGCGCCACUCCUCUGUGGUGUGACUCGGGCGCCACUCCUCUGUGGUGUGACUCGGGCGCCACUCCUCUGUGGUGUGACUCGGGCGCCACUCCUCUGUGGUGUGACUCGGGCGCCACUCCUCUGUGGUGUGACUCGGGCGCCACUCCUCUGUGGUGUGAGUCGGGCGCCACUCCUCUGUGGUGUGAGGCGGGCGCCACUCCUCUGUGGUGUGAGGCGGGCGCCACUCCUCUGUGGUGUGAGGCGGGCGCCACUCCUCUGCGGUGUUACUCGGGCGCCACUCCUCUGUGGUGUGACUCGGGCGCCACUCCUCUGUGGUGUGACUCGGGCGCCACUCCUCUGUGGUGUUACUCGGGCGCCACUCCUCUGCGGUGUGACUCGGGCGCCACUCCUCUGUGGUGUGACUCGGGCGCCACUCCUCUGUGGUGUGAGGCGGGCGCCACUCCUCUGCGGUGUGACUCGGGCGCCACUCCUCUGCGGUGUGAGUCGGGCGCCACUCCUCUGCGGUGUGAGGCGGGCGCCACUCCUCUGCGGUGUGAGGCGGGCGCCACUCCUCUGUGGUGUGAGGCGGGCGCCACUCCUCUGUGGUGUGACUCGGGCGCCACUCCUCUGUGGUGUGACUCGGGCGCCACUCCUCUGUGGUGUGACUCUGGCGCCACUCCUCUGCGGUGUGACUCGGGCGCCACUCCUCUGCGGUGUGAGGCGGGCGCCACUCCUCUGCGGUGUGACUCGGGCGCCACUCCUCUGUGGUGUGACUCGGGCGCCACUCCUCUGCGGUGUGACUCGGGCGCCACUCCUUUGUGGUGUGACUCGGGCGCCACUCCUCUGCGGUGUGAGGCGGGCGCCACUCCUCUGUGGUGUGACUCGGGCGCCACUCCUCUGUGGUGUGAGGCGGGCGCCACUCCUCUGUGGUGUGAGGCGGGCGCCACUCCUCUGUGGUGUGAGGCGGGCGCCACUCCUCUGUGGUGUGAGGCGGGCGCCACUCCUCUGUGGUGUGACGCGGGCGCCACUCCUGUGCGGUGUGAGUUGGGCGCCACUCCUCUGUGGUGUGACUCGGGCGCCACUCCUCUGUGGUGUGACUCGGGCGCCACUCCUCUGUGGUGUGACUCGGGCGCCACUCCUCUGUGGUGUGACUCGGGCGCCACUCCUCUGUGGUGUGAGUCGGGCGCCACUCCUCUGUGGUGUGACUCGGGCGCCACUCCUCUGUGGUGUGACUCGGGCGCCACUCCUCUGUGGUGUGACUCGGGCGCCACUCCUCUGUGGUGUGACUCGGGCGCCACUCCUCUGUGGUGUGACUCGGGCGCCACUCCUCUGUGGUGUGACUCGGGCGCCACUCCUCUGCGGUGUGACUCGGGCGCCACUCCUCUGUGGGCGCCACUCCUCUGCGGUGUGAGUGGGGCGCCACUCCUCUGUGGUGUGACUCGGGCGCCACUCCUCUGUGGUGUGACUCGGGCGCCACUCCUCUGUGGUGUGACUCGGGCGCCACUCCUCUGUGGUGUGACUCGGGCGCCACUCUGUGGUGUGACUCGGGCGCCACUCCUCUGUGGUGUGACUCGGGCGCCACUCCUCUGUGGUGUGACUCGGGCGCCACUCCUCUGUGGUGUGAGUCGGGCGCCACUCCUCUGUGGUGUGACUCGGGCGCCACUCCUCUGUGGUGUGAGGCGGGCGCCACUCCUCUGUGAGGGGGAGGAGUGCGGCGGGGCGUGUGGCAGUAGAAGGGGAGAGAGGCGAGAGGCGAAGGGUGGUGCGGUGGGAGGUGCUGGGCUAGGGGCGGGGGAGGAUGGUAAGGGUGGGGCGGUGGAUGGGAGUGCGGGUGGUGGGGAGGAAGGGGGGAAGAAGAGGAAGAAGAGUCGGGGAGGGGAGAGGGCGAGAAACCGGAAGAAGAUAGCCACUGAGAGAGAGGCUGCAGCAGUGGCGGCGGAGGAGGAGGAGGGCGGGAGGAGGGGAGACGUGUUUGAUUUUGUUAACGUGCACUUGGGGGGCAGAGAGAAGGAAGCUGGUGAUGAGGCCAGGAUAGUGCAUAGAGGAGGGAAUGUGAGGAGGGAAUCGGGGAGUGAGUCUGCCGGGGGCGGGGGCAGCCAGAGCGAGAGAAUGGGAGGAGUGGGCCGGGGAGGAGUGCGAGGGGCCAAGGUAUUAGGGGCGGCAGCAUGUGCCGGUGCUAUACCAGGGGCAGGAGGGAAGGGGCGGGAGGAGGAGCGGCGGGAGCUGAUGCAGCAGGAGGAGCGGGUGAGGGAGGUGUGUGCGCGGGUGGGGCGGUACGAGGAGAUGGCAGGGCGCCACGCGCAUGACAAGGUGACACUGGCCGCCGUGCACCGCAAGCUGGCUGCUGCUCGGGAGGAGCUGAGGCGCGUGCAGGGGGGGCGGGACUCGGCGCACUCCAGUGCCGCCCAGAAGGAGGCCCUGCGGAAAUGGACCAAGUUCUAG